UAAUGCGAAGCACUUAAAAGAUACAUACAAAUAUUGUUCGUUAUGAGUGUGUAGGGCAGACAGUUAACAUUUGAAUACGAUGUGAAGAGGGUCACAGUCACAGCACUUACCUACUAUUCUCGGGGUCUCUAAUCAGUGAAGUGAUAAAGGAAAAAUUUAUUACAAUCAUUUUUGUUGCUUUGUUACUUCGGAAAUUUUUGUGUGUUUGCAUGAAUGUUACAUUUUAUGGAAUGUAAUGUUUGGUACUUUGUAAUUCUUGUAAUCGGUUGUGAAUGGAAUAGCGACGAACUAUGAUUUAUAUUCUAAACAGAGUAAUUUUCUUCCUACUUUUGAUAAGAAUUAAUACAAUUGACUGCAAUCGAGAUUACGACAACAUCCUCAAAAACAUUAAAUCUGAAGCGAAUCAACAAACCCAAGCAAAAUCAGCGUCCGAUGUUAUUGCUCGUAUUGUACCAGAUCGAGCGAAAUUCUUCGAGGUCGAUAUAAAUUUCGACCUACCGAGAAACACAUUCCGAUUACUGAAGAAAGAUUCGACGGAAGCAGUGAUCAUAACAGCCUCAUCGGGAUAUGCAGCCUGCAAAGGAUUUUACUAUUAUCUGAAAAAUUAUUGCAACUGCCACAUAUCAUGGGAAGGAUCUCAGCUAACUCUCCCGGCUCAACUACCGGAGGUCGAUGAAAAAGUAACAUCACCGAGCUACUUCAUUUAUUACCAAAAUGUUUGCACGUGGUCAUACAGUUUUGCUUGGUGGAAAUGGGACGAUUGGCGGAAGCACAUCGAUUGGAUGGCAUUGAACGGAAUUUCGCUGACUUUGGCGCCUGUACAGGAAAUGAUAUGGACAGAAGUGUACACAGAGCUUGGAUUAACAACGGAUGAAAUUGACGAUCAUUUUGCUGGACCUGGAUUUUUCGCUUGGCAGAGAAUGGGUAAUCUUAGAGGAUGGGGUGGACCAUUAAGUAGUACGUUCAAGAAAGCGUCGUCCGAUCUUCAAAAACAAGUUAUUCAAGCUCUCAGAGACCUAGGAGUAGCGGUUGCGCUACCUGCAUUUGCAGGGCACGUCCCAGUUGCGUUCGAGCGCAUUUUUCCGAAUGUGACUAUGACUCCUGUUCAGAGGUGGAACAGGUUUCCAGACAAGUAUUGUUGUCCACUGUUCAUCGAUCCAACAGAUCCAUUGUUCAAGAAGGUUGGAGAAAUGUUUUUGAGAAAAAUUGUUAAGGAGUACGGCGGAUCGAACCACAUUUACUUCAGUGAUCCAUUUAACGAGCUCGAACCGCGACUCGCUGAAAGCGGCUAUCUUGCCAAUGCAUCCAGAGGUAUUUAUCAAACGAUGAAAGAAGUCGACGACAAGGCUGUGUGGCUGUUACAAGGAUGGAUGUUUGUCAAAAAUCCAUUUUGGAAUGAUGAUCUGUUGAAAUCAUUCCUGACGGCCGUUCCUGCAGGGAAAAUGUUGGUUCUCGAUCUACAGUCUGAGCAAUAUCCGCAAUAUGAAAGAACGAGAUCGUUUUAUGGUCAACCGUUUAUUUGGUGUAUGCUGCAUAAUUUUGGCGGUACGACGGGAAUGCACGGUUCCAUUGAUGUCGUUAAUACGAAAAUUAUUGAGGCUCAUAAAAUGGAAAAUUCCACAAUGUACGGCGUAGGUAUAACACCAGAGGGAAUCAACCAAAAUUAUGUAAUGUAUGAAUUUGCGUUAGAGCGUGGAUGGGAUCAUACACCGGCUAAUCUGGAGAAGUGGUUUCAGCAGUACGCUUUGGGAAGAUACGGACAAGAUAAUGAUUUUAUUAAAAAAGCCUGGCAUCUGUUAAGAAGAUCGGUUUACUCAUUUAACGGAACGGAAGCGAUCCGCGGAAAAUACAUUGUGUGCCGUAGACCAAGUUUCAAACUGGCACCAACUGCAUGGUACAACAAUUCAGUCAUAGAAAAUGUUUGGGGAAAUUUCUUGCACGCGUCGAGCGAACUAGGCCAAUCGAACUUAUACAAUCACGAUCUGGUCGACAUUACGCGACAAUAUUUCCAAAACAAAGUGGAAGACUUGUACACCAGAUUUAUUGCAGCGUUUCUGCGAAACGAACGACAUGCUUCGCUAAAACUAUCCCAUCAAUUUGUGGAAGCUCUCCGCGAUAUGGACCGGAUUUUAAGUAGUAGCACAGACUAUCAAAUCGGAAAGUGGUUGGAAGCGGCCAAAGAAAUGGCAACAACGGAUGCAGAACGGCAAUUAUUCGAAAUAAAUGCACGGAAUCAAAUUACAAUUUGGGGACCAAAGGGACAAAUUGUUGACUAUGCGAUGAAACAGUGGUCGGGUAUGGUGAACGAUUAUUGCCUGCCGAGAUGGGAGAUGUUUUUCACCAUGUGUGAUCGAGCGCUGGAGGUACGAAAAAAAUUCAACAUGACCGAGUUCCGCAUCAAAGUGCUGAAGGAGAUAGAAGAACCAUUCACUGUUGAUAAUAAAAUAUAUCCCACUGCGACGACCAAUGGUGCUGUCUUAGUUUCCGAACAACUAUAUGCUAAAUGGACAUUAAGUGAUGUUGGUUAAUGUGUAUCAACGUUGGUAGAACAGAUCAGGUUAAGAAGAGCAAAAUUUGAAGUCAAAAUUUUCCGAUUGUUUUUGUAAAAACGUUUCCAAUGAUACAACUAGCUUGUAUGAUCCACAUUUACCAUCCUUUCUGAAUAUUUGAUCAAUAAACUAUGUGACCCUUUG